AAAGUAUUCGAGUAAUUUAUGUGUGUGCGUAUUUCACAUAUUUUAACAGCAACACAUUUACAAUAUUGGUGGACUCUCAAGCGGCUGUCUCGGUAAAAGAAAUGCAUUUUUAUGUUCUUAAGUAGAGUAUGUUUUAGUAAUUUGAAAUUUCGCAAAUACUUUGUUAAAAAUAUGUUCCUACAGUUGGGUGAAGUGCAAAUAUAUUACUUCAGAAUUUCAUUAUUUGACUAGCACUAUUAUUUUGUUUAGUUGUUUUCUUUUGUUUGAAAUUUAAAAUGCAUUUGGUUAAAUUAUAGUAAUUUUCAGAGUAAAAUUAGGGCAUGCGGUAUUAUAUUUCAUCUAUCUAUAAGAUAAUAGCCUUUUUCAUUCACUGUAGAAAUUGUAUUUUAAAGAUGAACAUUAUUGAUUAAGGCCUUAUUUAUUUAAAGGCUAAGAUAAAUUUAAAUAACAAGCUUUAAUCAUAACCUUUGGAACAUUCCUGAAGUGUCCGUUCUACGACCAGAUGGAGAUCACUUUAAUUUUUACCCCAUAAAACAUAAAACCAUGGCUGGCUAUGCAGUUUUAAUUAUCGGCUGAAAUAAUCUCUCUAGACGACAUUUUUGUUGUACAUUAUGUUGUCUUUCUUUAAGUUCUCUUAUUGUUCAUUUCCUAAGACUUUAAUCCCUACUUGUUAAAAAGGCUUUGCUCUUAAUAAUACAAAAUCAGUAUGUCGAUUACUGAGUACUAGAGAUUGCAAAGAAAUAGAAACAAACUAAAUACACCGUUUUAUCCUUGGAUUUUGUUGAUGUCAUAGCAAAAGCAUUUGUAAAUGUAAACUGUUUUCAUCUAAAGGUAAAGGGGCGUUCGGUCUCUUUGUUUGCAACAAUAAAUAUUGGAGUAAAUACCCUGUUUGUUUUAUAGAUCCGGUCAGGAUUUCUCAGUCAUUGACUUUUGAAAUCCUUUAUUUGAUUACCGUCUGGUCUCAUUGAAAUGGCCUCUUGUUAAGUAAAAGUUUCGUAAAAACAUCAAUAGUGCCCCACUUUCAAUGUUAAGUCCAUGCAGAGGCAUACCACAAACGGAUAGCUUGCUGCCUACUUGGGAUUUGCAAUGGCUUGUUAAAUAAAAUGCAUGCUGGUAUUGCAUUUCAAUUCAGAUUAAUUUCGUCUAAAUAAAUUUCUAUAAAUUCAAGUGAUUCGUAGUUUUUCGGAGCCAGGAUUUUUUGGUUAGCAAUGCUGUCAUCUUUUGAAAAUAAGGACUUUGAGAAAUACAUAAUUAAAAGUACAUCUAUUUUCAAAGUAGACUUGAGGUUUUUCGAAAAUGUUUUCCUCUAAACGAGAAUAUUGAGCAUUUUCAUUUCCUAGUUUUAAAAUCCAGUUGUAAAAUCUUCGGUUUUCUGUAAAGAGAUUGUCUUCAUUGGCAUUGUUAUUUUGGUCUAAGUUUAGAACCAAUGUUCCCUUAAGCCGCGCAGCUAUCUCACAGACGCCACGCAGCAGUUUUGAGUAUCUGCGCAUCAAAUUUCCAUGUAAGUGUGUGUUUGUGCGCUGUAAAAUGUUGCACACAAAAAAAAUGAUGCUGUAAAACUUUGCACAGAGCUGUAGGAUUUUGCACUCGAACCAAAAAAUCUUAUAAGGAACAUUGGUUAGAACCUGAAUAUUUUUUUCCGAACGCUUUCUAUUUUUUAUGUAUAAUGGAAGUAUUUUGAUUCUGUAGCCAUGUCGUGAUUUUGUCUAAAAUCUCCCCCGAAAAGAAAGAGAGCACUUCUAAAUCAUUUUGAGAAGGGUCCUUUGGAUCUUUGGCCUAAUAUUUCUUUAUAGCGUGUGUCAAAUGCAUUUAAUCAAUGACGUGGGAGGCCAUUGAAGCUACUUUACAUAUUAUCACUUUGGCUUUUUCACUUCAUUUAUCGUAUUGUUCCAUGUCCAAAAAUAAAGUUUUCAAUAAUUGGAACAGGCAGGAUAAAAUGGAUGUGGGGAAUUCUGACUCCAUCAAGCAAAGUUGCUAAAAUGCCUUUAUAUGUUCCUGAAAAUAUUUAUUUAUUUUAGAGACAUACUUAUUAUAUAAUUAUAGUGUUAAUUGUGGUAAUGUAAAUCAAUUAUUUAAAAAAAAAUGAUGUUUGGUAAUUUAGUAUUUUCGAUUUUUUACUUAUAAUUAUGUCAUAAAUUCUGGGUUUUUUAUAUACUAAGCAUUGGGAAAUUUUUUUCGAACAUUGACUUGUUGGCUAACGAUUGUUACAUAUGUGAAGGAUAGAUUCCAUCGUCAUAUUGUUAGGCUAAAAUCUGCCAGAAUUUCCAGGUUUUCGAAUGAAACAUUUAUUUCUUUACGUUUCAAAUUGUGAGCCUCUUUCCCUAAAAAGCGAAUCUUAUAGACUUUAAUUGUAUAUGUCGAAUAAUGCCAUUGAAUCACCGUGUGACAUCCACUUUCUCCUCAAAGUAAACACAUUUGCCAUCAUGUUGACUUUGAUAUUUUUGGUAACCAUUGACACUUGUUUUGUUUUGGCAAAGAAAACCUGUGGGAAUUCUUUUUUGCUUAGUCGUUUUUCAAAGACGGUCGUUUUGAUUCAAAUAUAACAUGGUUCGUGUAUCACAGAGGAUUUUUUAAUUUUAAGUACACUCGUUUGGUGAAGAGGCUCAGGUUAGGCAGAGACAAUUUUUCACAAAUUUUACUCUAACAGGCUUAUGAAUAGCAUAUCAGCUUUUGGUAGCAACAGUUUUGGAAUUUAUCACGUAGAGCAUAGCGCUAUCCUUUCCAAAUAUUUGGUGUUUGGUAAAGAUUUUAAGUUUCAAAUUGAUGACUAGAAAGGAAGAGCUCCCUGAUUUCAUUAUAUUUAAAAGCACCCAUGAAAGUCCAGAAAAAUUAUAAUUAUAUUUUUAGUUUUUUUCUUGCAAUCCAGGCAAUAUUUUCACAUAAAAAUGUUAGUGGUUUACAAAUAGGUGAACGGACAUCCUAGUAUUGAUCGUAUUGCUUCAAUUCGUUCUAAACAGAUUCAAAUAGUUUGUUUUAAUCUUGAAAUCUGGACACAAAAUAAAUUGGUGAGUCAGCUUUCCUACGUUGAGGAACUGGUUAAAGUUUCCAUCAUGAAAUUCAAAAUGGUAUAAAUACCAUUGAAGCUAGGAAACAAUUUCUAUACCAUCAGCUUUCUACGGAUAUGGAUAAUUCAAGCUCAUACCAGCAAGAGCCAGUAUAGGAGCUGCUCAUUCCUUCCCAGGACAAUCAGGGACUGGAAUAAGCUCUUAAAAGGAACAGUUGAGGCGAUAACAGUAUACUCAUUUGUGUCUAAUGCCUCAAGCCUUCAAACCCCAAGUCCAAGAUUCCCUCACAAAGUGGCACUGGAAAUCAGUGAAAGGUCCUUUUGCACACCAGGCACAGAAACAUUGCAAAUCCCUCUACAUGCGUAGGAGCCAAAAUGGUCAAUAAAUUGGUCGUGGGCCCUUAAUAUAUAGAAGAAGAAGAUACUCUGGUGUCAGCGUCCCAGCUUUUACCUGGGCUCUUUAUUAAGUUAUGUCAUGUUGGCAUGUACCCCUCUGGGGUCUGCUCUGUCUUUAGAUAGUUCGUAUCACUUUGUUCUAACUGUGACUUGACAGUCCUUGUUUUUAACUAUAAUUUUGCAUUUUAAUCGCCCUUGAUGUUUUAUUUUCUUGGAGCUAAUUACCGUAACUUUACCAUUAAAGCUUCAACCAAGUUGGUCUUACUUGCUUCCUCAUUCAUGAUUUCAAGAGCAGAUCUUAAAUCAGAAAGAAAAAAAAUCUCGGUGGAUUCCACUAGCUCCCACUCCAGCAUACUUUCCAGAGCAUAGUCUCUAGCACUGAAAGAAAACUCGAAACAGUGUUCAUACAGAUUAAUGAGUUUUCCUUGUUUGGUUGCCCUCAAUUAGGUAGAGGUCAAGUACACUGUACCAAAUAUUUCUUUCUCUCAGGCUUGCUAUGCCAUACACAAACUUCUUCUCUGGCCUUUCAACAAAUUAUUAAAUGAUUUUGAGGAGAGCUAUUUUCUAAACAUGUGCCGUCAUUUCUAUAUCAUUUAGAGCAAAAUUUAUAUGAAGACUGGAAGUUCUGUUUAUGCUAGGCUAACUGAGAUGGGGUCAUAUUUUUAUAUAUAUGUGUGUGUGUGUGCUACAGCCUAAGCCCGAAAUCACCCGAAAUUCGAACUGGUCAGCCAAAUCGAGAAGUGGCCCAUAUCGCAUCACAUUGAUCGGCCAAUGUCCAAACUUUUAUUUAUUUCGGGAUUUGGCGAGCAUGGUAGCGAAUUGGCAUUUGGCGAUCGGUUAAAGUUAGAAGAAAAAUGUCAUAAACAGACCAUGUGUGUGUGUGUACCGUAAUGAUAAUCACAUCAUAUUUAUUAUAGUAGAUUAACAAAUCAGUCAGAGUAGUUUAUUUUAGUAGAUUAUCAUUCUCUACCAUCACUUGUUAAAACGAAACGAUAUUUUAUAAAAUUUCGAAAUACACAGCAGUUUCUUAUUUUUACAUAUGCGAUGAUUUCAUGAGCGCUUGAUAGUGCAAUUGCAUCGAAAGUAGCCUUGGCCACCGGUCAGUGAUUGUGAAGACUUGAAGGUUCGUAGGGAUUUUUUAUUUUAUUUUUGUGUGUGCCCACGGAUGGCAAUGGGAUCAGUUUCUCGUGCAGACUUGAAAACACACUUCUCAAAUACAUUUGUUUUUUAACACCGUGUUCAGUUCCUAACUUUUAGAAAGCGCACUAGACGUGUAUAUAACUGCGAAGAUGCUUCGUGGAUCAACGCGACCUCUUUCAACAUCUGGUACAUGGAUGCAUACAUUAUCUUCGCAGCUUGGAAUUGUGCAUCUGAUGUGUUUCUAAAUAUCUGCAUCUUAAGUUUGCAAACGAGCUUUAAUGGCUUACCUCUCGCUCUUGAUUAUUAUUUUAUUAUUAUUAUUAGAUGUUUUUAAAUAGCAAAGUCCCCCAGCAAAAGGCUAGCCUCACAGCGCUUCAAGUAAAAAUUAUCAAUUACAGAAACGAUAAAUUUAAAAACAUCAAUUAGUGAAAUGCUUGACCUCACCCACCCAAGUACCAUCUACCCAUGUCUUGCCAUUUACAGCACCAAGCCGCAUCGAGCAUGUUUAUCAGUCAGAUAGGGUAAGAAUUAGUGAGUAUAGUGCUGUUUGAAGAGAUGGGUCUUUAGUGGAGUCUUGAAGAAUGUGAUGGUCGUUAUAUUGCUGAUGAGUAAUCGGAGAGAUUUCCUUUAGUUUAGGGCACACAUAGAUAAAGAACGUUCAUGAUAUGUUUCAGUGCUUUUUCUGGGAACAGAAAGAAUACGCAUGUCUGUAGAAAAACGAAGCUUUUGAAUGAGUGUAUAGACAGUACGAAGUUCAGUAAGAGAGGAAGGGCAGAAACCAGCAAAAAAGUAGUGACAGAGAACAGACAUUUUAUAAUCAAUGCUUGCCUGUAUAAAGAGCCAAUGAAGUGAGUGGCGUAGUGGUGACAUGAUCACGUUUCUUUGCAUUUAGAACUAACAUAGCAGCUGAGUUUUUGUGAACAUUACAUAGAGAGUUAAAAUAGUCAAGACGAGAAAGAACAAGAGCACAUACUAGUGUUUUGUUUGCGAUAACUGUAAGGUAGUGCCACGGUGGAGCUGAUCUGACGCAUAGCUGUGUUCACACAGCGACAGAUGUGAGAAAGAUGAUUUUUGAGAAAUAUUUCGUCAGAAAGAAUGUAAAGAAGAUAAUGACAUAGUCUUCAAGUAAUUUUUUGAUCUCUGCCUUCGUCUUCUUCCUUACUUAUUCAACAAAUUGCGUGGACAUCGAUGCCGCAGGAUCAAUAACAAUGCCGUACAUUACAUUCUUUGUCACACACUACAAAGAAUCUGUUUGCAUUAUUAUUACUCUUGCGUUAGCUUAUUGAAUUUUGGCCAGAGAUUUCCCGGCACUUCGGGAAGUGACCGGCCAAAGUACCCUAUGCACUAGCAAUUUCCAGUACAUCGGACAAUGGCCACAAGCCUCGGCCAAAUGCGAAAUGGCUGAACUUAGCAACAUCGUAAGUAUUUCAAGUAGGUGAACUGUUAAAAUUAAAACAAGAAGCUGGAUAUUCUUGAUUGCAUUUCGAAGUAUAUGGCUUAAUACUGUUUUACCAACAUGAUAAAAUAUGUUUAGACUGAAUUUAUAAAUGGAUAACGAUAUUAUUAGUGGCAGGCCAAAUGAACAAAUUAUUCAGGCCGUAUUAUGCAGACUACUGAUUAAGAAUAUUUAAUCUAAUACAGAAAGUGUAAAGUAAGUGAAGGUUAUUAAAUCAAACAAGUGUAAAUGACGAGGAUCAAAGCAUUCACAAUAGUCAAAAUAUUCCUGAACAUAAAUUUACAAAAUAAAAUAAAAUUCAAAACGUUUCAGAUACUUUGAGGUAACAUUAUUGCAGGAUCAUUUACAUUUUGUCGACAUUUUUUUAUUAUUUUUCAUUGAAUUGGUCAAUACAGUGAUUUCUUCACAUACAUUGAUUAAUACAAACACUAAAUGAAGCCCUGUUGUUGUUUUAUUCCAAAGUGAACAAGACGCAAAAUGUAUAAACCAACUCUGACUUUCACCGGAUAUGUAGCUACAGUCAUCUAUCUUUAUAUCUUAAUUUGUAGUAGAGGUAAGACUACUCUUUGAUAGGAUUAACAAUGACUAAUUUUGGUGAUUAGGUGUAUCGUGAUUACCUUGCACAUUUAACUAUAAUUAUACUUAUACGAAAAUAAUUUUAAAUCCGUAACAUAAAAACUCAAAUCAAAGAGUUACGAAACAAAAUAUUUUAUUUACAAUGAAAACCAGGGGCGUGAACUUAAUCAUUAUCGCAAUUUGCUCUAGGACAAUAAUCGUAUGCUUUUUAUAUCUAAUUUAAAAAAACAAAACAGUUAAUACCGGAUUUUCUGCAGAAACAUUUUCAAUAAAAAGUAAUUUCCAAUCAUCACGUUUUUUUAAUUCAUCAAAUAUUGUUUUGCUUAUGCUACUGUCUAUAUAAACUAACUUCUUGAACGCAUGGACUUUCGGAUUUUAGCAACAUGGUCCUAGAGUUGAUAAGGAUAACAAAAAUCAUUUCACUAUAAAAAAGAAUAAUUGUUGACCACUUAUCUGUUCAUAUUCUCAGUUUGAAUUAUUCUUUUUCGCCAACAUAAAAUCAAUACAUUUGUAUAAAAAGCCAUCAAAACAAUUGUGAUGUCUUCAUGAAAUGUGGCAUUUAAUACGAUUCCAUAAUCAUGUUUUACAUAAACUUUAACAUAAUCUAUUUUAUUUUAAGGAGUCCAGACCCCUGCCUUUACUAACUCGUUAUAUUCAUGAUACGAUGCAGUCUGAUUGGUAUAGCAUCGUUACAAUACAAUGGUUUUCAUGUAAUUUUAAUUCUUGGUUUGUGUACCGGCCCCUUUAAAAUAAAAAAAAAUUAAAAAUAAAAUAGAUUUCUAAUCAUCGUGCAAUUUUCCUAAUCAAGGUUAUAUUUACAUAUACAUUCAUUAUUUUUACUGUUUUUCGGUAGUUUUUAAAUAUAUUCGUGAAUAAAAUAUGUGUUAGAAGCUAUUUUAGUCCUUCAAUAUUUUAUUGUUAAUCAACUCAAACAAGCCGGUUAAUAUCAAUUGUGCAUGUAUGAAAACUAAAGUUUUGGUAAAUAACAUAUAAUGAUUAAACAUACAAAUAAUCUCAGCAAGUGUCAUGAUCUUAUUAUAAUUUAGGAUUUCGCUUACAAAUAUUUUUAUAACCCCUUUUUAAAUUGUUUCCACAGUUCAAGGUCAAUCGGUGCAUCUAGAUCCGACUUCUGUAGGAAGUAUUUCUACUUGUUCAAGUGGUCUAAGAGAUGGACUGGACUCUUAUUCAGUUAGAGGCAGUGUGAAUGCUACAACUGCAAAAUUUUCAAAUUUAGUUGAUUUUUAUAUCAGGACUGCAUCUUUUAAAGAUUUUAUAUAUGUAAGUAAGUUAAAGAGUUAUUUCUUUGCUCGUAUAAUCUUACACUGGUAAAAUGUAUUUCUGGAUAAUUUCUCGGAAAAACAAUACUCUUGACAACAAGUAUAAAGGUACAGUGUCAAGGUUUAAUUUGGCGCAGGGAUUUUUCAGAAGCGGGGUAGCUCAGUGGUAGUGGGUUUGUUGACAGCACCGGUUUGCACCAUAUCAGUUGUGACACUAAUUUAAAAAUUGCAUGCUCCUUCCUAGAAACUUUGUCUAAUGUCUCUACUGAUGGGUUUUCAACAUCAAAAUCAAUUUUUAACAGGCAAAAUAUAACACUAAGUUUUAUAAAAAAUGUAACCUUUGGGAACACACUAAUUUAAUUAAAUUUAAAGAAAAUUGUAACUAGUUCUGUUUAUUGUAUCGUAAAAUGUUAUCGUGUACUCAAAUUUAGUCUGACUAAAUUAAAGUACACAGUGCAACACUCAAUUUAUUAUUGGUGUAAUAAAAAUUAUGGAUUCAAAUUAUCCUCAGAAAAGCUACCUAAUUUUUUUUUAAAUUUAGAGACUUGAGAAAAAUAAUUAUAAUAUGGAUUCAAAUAUCGCGGACGAGCUACCCCAAUUUUGUUAAAAUGAGAAUAUGGGACUAAUGAGAAUAAAAUAUGGAUUCAACUAUCGGUGGAUGAACGUUCCAUAAGCUACUAGUAGACAUACUAACCAUGUUUAAUUGGUAGAGUGGUAGGAAACACGAUACUUCAAAGACUAAGCCAUCCCCACAACAAACGAUACCUACUGCUAGGGAUCUAAUUUGGGUCAAGCAAAGUUCAAGCACGGAAAAAAAGUUUACAACAUAAAAGUAUUUUGUCCGUUCCCAAGACACGUUCUGAAACAUAUGGUGAAAGAUCUUUCUCUUUCUGUUCCGGCAGAUAAUGGAAUUAUUUGCUAUUACACAUCCGCAAUAUACCAGCCAACCAGGCCUUCAAAGUGUUGGAAAUUGACAAAAUACUGAAUGUUGCGCAUUGUUUUGCACACCACAUUUUGUAUUGUGUAUUGACGUCAUGUUGUUAUGCAGUCCUUGUCGAGUGCUCCAUGUUUAUGGGACUCCAUGUUGUUCUCUUAAAAUUAAAACGUGGAACUAACCUUGAUGGUUGCCAUUGCUUGUUUCAUUAUCUUCCUUGUGAAGUUGGAUUAGCAACUUAUAUAUUUUGAAGUGGAUUAGCAACAUAAUAUUUUAAACAGGUUAUGGGCCCAGGUAGCAUUAUCCUGUGCUAAGCUGUUGCUGAUUCGAUUUUUGUGUGGUUUGUAUUCGGAAUCGGUGUUCGCAGAAUUAUCGGAAUGGCAAACAUGAACACAAGCAUCAUUCCUCUUGUUGGUGCAAAUUGUUCGACCUGGAAAAUUCAAUGCCAGAUGGCCUUAAUGAAGGGUGGACUCUGGGGGAUUGCUACUGGGUCUGAAAUUGCACCUGACGAAGCUGAAUCAGAUAAGGUUGCUAAAUUUACUUUAAGGAGAGAUAGGGCUUUGGCUAUCAUUGUGUUGGCGUUGGAAACUUCCUUAUUGUAUUUAAUCAGCAAUCCAGUUGAACCCAAGAUUUUCUGGGAAAAACUGAGGGAUCAGUUUCAAAAGAAGACAUGGGCUAACAGACUGGCGCUGAGAAGGAGAUUAAUUACAAUUAGAAUGAAUGAUGGGGACUCUGUGCAUGAGCACAUUAAAACUCUAACGGAGAUUUUCAACGAGCUUGCUGUGGUAGGAAAUGCCGUUGAUGAAGAAGACAGGGUGGUUCACCUACUUGCUAGCCUUCCCAACUCCUUCAAUAUGUUUGUAACUGCUCUUAAGGCUUGCUCAGAAGUUCAAAAGAUGGAACUUGUAACUGAACGAUUACUUCACGAAGAGCGAAAUAUAUCACAACGAAGGGAAGAAGUACCAAUUAGAGCACUUGUGCCGAAGGAAAAGACAAUUAAGAAAGGACCCCAGUGUUAUUAUUGUAGGAGAAUUGGACAUAUUAAAAGAGAUUGUCCUGAGUUAAAAGGCAAUAUCAGGCAAACAUAUUUACAGACAAAAUAAGGCAAAUCCCACUGAGAUUAAGGCUAGGAGAUGCUCAAGUAAUGAAAGUGUUGGACUGUCAAUGAGGCAUCGGCAUGCAUUAACUACAGGCAAUGGUGUCCUGACAUGGAUUAUUGAUUCUGGAGCAACAAGUCAUAUGUGUUGCAGGAGAUCUGAAUUUGUCCAUUUGACAUACUUGGAAGAGCCUCUGUAUAUAGGACUCGGAGAUGGACGGAAUCUGAAGGCCUGUGGUGUUGUCAAACUAAGGAUGAAGUUGCCUGGUAAUAAGCACCAAGAAUGCACGCUGCAUGAUGUGCUUUAUGUGCCUGAACUCAAGUUUAAUCUGUUCAGUGUUGACCACGCAAUUGAGGCUGGAAAGAAAGUUUAUUUCAAUAUCAAAGGUUGUGAAAUACAAUAUAAUAACGGUAAACUUCUGGCAAAGGGAGUGCUGUAACAUGGUUUAUACCAUUUGUGUCAUUAUGCCAAGGAACAUCAAUGUAAUACAGGAAACGGAGGUAAAGAAACAAGUGAGGAACUGUGGCAUAGACGAUACGGACACCUAGGUUUUGAAAAUCUCAAGAAGUUGGCUGGUCUAGUGGAUGGUCUUGAGUAUGAUGAGCGGUCAAAUAGGUAACUGUGUGAACCAUGUGCAAAGGGCAAAUAUCACAGGAUCAAGUUUCCGUCGAGUGGAAGGGUAAGAAAUGGAAUACUUGACCUGGUUCACAGUGAUGUCUGCGGGAAGGUCAGCACACAAUCACUUUGGUGGAGCUCACUAUUUCCUUACUUUUAUUGACGAUUUCAGUCGAUACACUUGGGUCUAUAUCGUUAAGCACAAGGAUGAUGUUUUUAAGUGUUUCCUUGAAUGGAAAGCAAUGGUUGAGAGGUCAACUGGAAAAAUCUUAAGGCCCUACACACCGAUAACGGUGGAGAGUUUACUUCAAAUGAAUUUGAAGGUAAUUUAAAGAAAGAGGGGAUCCGUCAUGAACUGACUGUUCCGAAAACCCCAGAACAGAAUGGAGUAGCAGAGAGGAAGAACAGGAUUAUUGUGGAAGCAGCACGUCCCAUGCUGGCUGAGGCAAAGCUCCCACGAAAAUUCUGGGCAGAAUCAGUGUCAACAGCUGUAUAUCUGCAGAAUCGAAGUCCUGUUAACGUUCUUCAAGGUAUUACUCCAUUUGAGGUAUUUGCUGGUAUGAAACCCAAAGUCGAUCACCUGAAAGUGUUUGGAUGUGUUGCGUAUGCAAACAUUCCUAAAGACGAAAGAGAAAAGUUCGAUUCAAAAACAUAAAAACACAGAAUCGAUGUCAAGGGUUAUCGCCUUUACAAUUUGAAAACUAAUAGGGUGAUUCACAGCAGAGACGUUCUGUUUAAUGAAAACAAGUUCGGUCUUUAGAAGGAGGCUAAAAUGUCUCAGAAACCUAUAUUUCGGGAAUUCAUUGACGAUGAUGAAGAAGUAGAGAACACGUUCGGUCUUGAGAAGGAGACUGGAAUGUCUCAGAAAUCAACACCUGUGUAUCGGGAAUUCAUUGAUAAUGACGUCGAUGAAGAAGUGAAUCGUGUUGAGUAUCCUGAUGAUGAAGGUGUUGAUGAACCAGAUGAGGAACUAGAUGUCAGAUGAUCAGCGAGAGUUAAACGCCCACCAAAUCGAUAUGGUGAGUGGUUAAACUUGACUUGAGAUCUGGAAGAACUCAGUACAGCGAGACAGGGCCAUGGCGAGAUCAAGAAAACGAAGUCUGGGACUUAGUAGAACUGCCAGGAGGAAGAAAAGCUGUAGGAAGCAAAUGGGUGUUUAAGAUCAAAGUAAAUGCUGAGGGAAAAAUUGAGAGACAUAAAGCUACGUUAGUUGCUCAAGGAUACUCACAGAAGUAUGGAUUGGACUAUGAUGAGACAUUUUGUCCAGUUGUUAGACCUGAGUCAGUUUUUUUUUUUAAUUUUUUUUUUUUUGCUGGCAUCCGUCCGUCACAAUGUGACGAUGGAGUGGGCUUCGUAGGACGAAAUCCACAUAGCCUGGGAUUAUUAUACUUGAAGGAUUAUAAGCUGGGUCCCAACAGCAAAUCGCCUCUCUCCACGCCGCUGGGUAGCCCAAGGGAACAUCAUUGGAUGAUACAGCUUGGCACCAGUGACGUCGCAGGAGUUGUCGGAAUGUUUCAUUGUAUCAAUGUUAUCCGCCUUUCGGGACUCCAUCUCCGGGUUUGAUUUCAGAGUUUCCUUCUCUUAGAUGAGUUGCCGUCCAAGGUUAACGAGUCCCAUCUACCCGGGGUGCUGGUGGUGUUUUUGCUCUAGCUGGAAUUGAACUCCAGACCACCAACUUGAGAUUUGCUCAGUUUAGACCACUCUGCCACCCAGCACCCAGACCUGUAUUGACGUCAUGUUGUUAUGCAGUCCUUGUCGAGUGCUCCAUGUUGUUGGGACUCCAUGUUGUUCUCUUAAAAUUAAAACGUUGAACUAACCUUGAUGGUUGCCAUUGCUUGUUUCAUUAUCUUCCUUGUGAAGUUUGAUUAGCAACUUAUAUAUUUUGAAGUAGAUUAGCACAUAAUAUUUUCAACACAAAGCUGCACACAAAACACAUCUCUUUAAUUUAUACUACCCUUCAUGAUUAUAUCUCUUUUGAUAAUACUUUUAUAUAUAGCACUGUGAGCCCAGCCCUACACUGUCGAAAUAAAUUUCACUCCUGUGUAUCUCUGUGUCAAACAAAUAAAUUAUUGAUUCAAACAUAAAUUCAAGGUUAUGAUUUUUAUAAAAUACUUUCCAAUUAAAUCUGUUUAUUUUUGUUCAGUUGUGUACUGCCAGUUUGGUUACUUGCGUCACACCAAAUCCUCAACCCUGCUACUGUGCUGUAAAGACUGGAAAUAUAUAUGAAAUACUUGCUAACAGAUCAGCAGUUCUGAGUGACAGUAAUGCUGCAAUUAGGAUCCAGUGGGAUAGUUCUUCUGGUGGUAGCGUUGUUAGCAAUGAACUACAAGUACCUAAAAUAUAUGGUAAUUCUUUUUUUAAUGUAUUACUAAUCAUUAUUCUAGUCAAUAUGAUUAACUGUUGUAUAAAAAAUUCAAUUCUAAAAAAGACUUACAAAAAAUUAAUAAAACACUGCAAUUUUUACUAUAAUUGAAUUCCAAUAACUCUUUUGUUGACAAUGGCAGCUAUUGCUGCCGUUUAUUUUGCAUGUCCCUUAACGUUAUAACUUAAUAUUGUGACUUUGGAUUUCUUUCUUUCACAUUAAUUUUAGCUUGAAGGAAUAUGGCUUUAUAGUGUUUAAUUUUUCUUUUUUUUAAAUGUUUUUAUUUUAGGUUCGAAACAAAUAUAAAUUUAUUUGGUUUACUUUGUAAAUAUUUAUGUUUAUACGCAUAUUGCUAACAUUUUGAUGACUUGAAUAUUUAUAAACUUAAAAGAGUUUAAUUUUAAAUCUCUUAAAAUCAUUCAGACUACAUAGCAUACAUCUUUUAAAAAAGUGAUGAUUAAUCUUAUUAAAUAUUCGUGAGUAUUGAUUUCCCUUUGUUAACUCUUAUAGUUGAGAAAACCAAGCAUGUUAAUGUUUAGCUGAGAGAUUUUGGGAAGCAGUGGUCGUGAAGUGGACAAACAAAUGUUUCGGAAAGCAGGCAACAUGCAUACUUUAGAAAUAAGGCAUGCACAGUCUAAACAAACUCUCACAAUAAGUUCUCGAUGAUUAAAGACCUUCUCGGGAACAAGUCAGAACCACCUUUUAUACGUGACAUGACAUCCAGCAUGCUGCAUUUGAAAUGAGCAAGUAAUCAGAAAAAGCUUUGGCAAACGUUGAGAUGUGUCUUCAGUAGAAACAUGCCUUUGAAGACACAUCUCUAGUUGAUUUCUUACCAGGUCCUUUGAAAGGUUAAGAUGUAUAAUCAUGGAAUCUAAACCUGCAUCUCCUAUUGUUGACUCCAUUCCUAAUAAUAUUGAUUUGGGCGUUCUGGAAAAUAAUGGUUAACUUGGGAACGGUAGCCUUCAGUCAAAAAGUGUCAGUGUCUCUGACUAAAACAAAUGGCCUGAAACCAAAUGAUAAGAAUUAUCACCCUGUCACUAAUCUGCUCUUUGUAUACAUUAUUCUUAAGGGAGCUGUUCACAAAAGUUUGAUCAGGAUCUUAACACUUAUAACCCGCUUGAUAAGUUUUAAUCUACUUAUCGACUUUGACAGAGUUUUGUUACGGCACUACUAAUUUUCAUGAAUGAUGUUUUGAAAUACCAUAAUCUUCUUCUGUCAAGAUUUCUGAAAGAAGCGGGCAUCUCUGGAACUGGACUUCAAUUGUUUACUUCUUAUCCGACUGACAGGACUUGGCUUUUUGGAGUGAAUCAUGCAUCUUCGAUGGACAAUUUACUUUUCUGAGGCACGCAAUGGCUCAGUUUUAGGAUAUAUCUUAGUAUUCAUAUACACUAGAAAACUAGGCAUAUUUCUUAAAAGUGGUAUUUCCGAAUAUAUGCGGAUGACACAGACUGGCACACGUGGUUUAACCCUGAACAUUUGGGUUAUGUUUAUGCUUUUCAGACUAUCGAGGACUGCGGUUAUGGAUGGUAUAAAAAUACUUAAAUUAAAUGACGAUAAGAUUGAGGCAUCUAUGUGGCUCUGAGGCCCAUCUUUGGAAGGUUGCGAUCACAUCAAUUAAAGUUGGUGCCUUUGAGUUCUCGUUAUCCAACACUUUUAGAGACCUACGCUUCCACACUAACAGUAAACGCACCAUUAUUUAUCAGAUAAGUUAUGUGAUCAGUGCCUCUUUCUGCCAACUUCAGGACCUUUGUCAGCUGCAUCCUCAACUUAAUAAGACAAUAGUCUUUGACAUAGCAGUCAGUCUAAUCCAAUUAUGAUUAGAUUACUGUAACUGUAGUUUUUAGGUUUACCUCAAUACCAAAUUGAGAAACUCCAUCAUUGUGCACAGGAAAUGUUCCAGCAGACUGGAGAACAGCGCAUGUCACUCCAAUCUACAAGAAAGAGGAGCAUUCCAGCCCUGCCAACUAUCGUACGAUAUCCCUCACCAGCGUGGUCUGCAAACUGUUAGAGCACAUAAUCGUAAGCACUGUUUAGAAACAUCUUGGAAGCCAAAAUAUACUCAAUGACUGUCAACAUUGCUUCCGAGUCAAUAGAUCAUGUAAGACCCAGCUUCUUGAAUUUGUAGAAACAUGAUGAUCAAUCUGGAGAACCACAGAGACUGACUUGCUGGUAAUGGACUUCGCAAAGGCAUUUGACCGUGUGAAUCAUAGUUUGCUUCUACAGAAACUCCAGAAAUAUGGGAUCAAAAGAACCACUCAAACAUGGAUCUCUAGCUUCCUCAGCCACUGACGCCAAGCAUUAGUGUUGGGCGGUACAAGCUCCUCCUUUGUCGAUGUGAAGUCAGUGGUUCCCCAGGGAUCAGUGCUGGGCCCCUGUUUGUUCCUAGCAUACAUUAAUGACUUACCAGAGAAACUGAUAUCACAAGCAAGACUGUUCGCAGAUAACACAGCGGUGUAUAGGACGAUAGCCAACAGAUCUGACCAGGACCAGCUACAACAGGAUCUCAAUUUGUUAGCGACAUUGAAUUUCUCCCUGCCAAGUGCCAGACACUAUCAGUCUUUAGAAGUUGUACUCUUCUACACUACCAAUAUGAACUGCACGGCCAUAUACUUGAGCCAGUUUCCUCCGAAAAGUAUCUGGGUUUUAUCAUUCAAAGAGAAUUACUAUUAACAAUGUAUGUAACCAAGCAAACAAGAUCAUAGGGUUCUUAAUGCGAAAUCUAAAGAUUGGCAACUCCUGUGUGAAAGAAAUAGCAUAUAAAGCCUUUGUCCGUCCGGUUUUAGAUUGUGCAUCUUCAGUAUGGGACGUCAGAGGAGCGUUGAAAGGGUGGAAGCGGUCCAGCGACGAGCGGCACGCUUUGUCCUAAACAGCUACAGGAAUACCUCUAGUGUUGGCAGCAUGCUGGAAACACUAAACUGGUCACCAUUGGAGGAACGACGACGACAAUGCAGGCUCUCCAUGAUGUAAAAGAAAAUUAUGGACUGGUCCACUGUUCCAGUAUUACACAGAAACUCGUCCCUCUCCCCCAUAGACAGCGACCAGGCCAUGACAGGCAAUUCAGUCUCAUAUCAGCAAGAAGCCAGCAUAGGAGCUGCUCAUUCCUUCCCAAGAAAAUCAGGGACUGGAACAAUCUUUCAAAAGGAACGGUUGAGGCGACAACACUAGACACAUUUGUUUCUAUUGCCUCAAGCCUUCAAACCCCUAGUGCAUGAUUUCCUUACAAAGUGGCACAGGAAAUUAGUGAAUUUCCUCAUCAACACCAGGAACUGAAACAUUGCAAAUCCCAUCUACAUGCAUAGGAGCCAAAAUGAUCAAUAAAUUGAUCUUGGGCCCGUAAGAUAUAGAAGAAGAAGAAGGUACAAAAUACUAUAGCAAACAUUGUAUUUCAGUGUGUAAACGCAUUGACCACAAAAUUAUGUCAAGAAAAAUCAAUGUACAUGUAUAUCUAAAAUAACUAAUUUCCAAACAUGUAUCACUAAAGAACCUGCGCUGCAUCACGGUAUAUACUUAGAGUUUCCUGUGUCAAAUAAUACAACAAGAAGUCAUACGGAGUGUGCCUCUUUUGAAGUUAUCGUUGCUAAAUUAUGGAAUUGUUUGCCUCAAUCUUUGAUGGAAAUUAAAAUGAUACAAAAUCAUUUUAUGCUCACAAGCGCUAUUGAAGUAGUCAAUAAUUAUCAUUAUCAUAGUUAAGAAAGAAUGACAAUUAUGACAGAUUGGGAAACAACGUAUAUUCUGUAUUAUUCGUUCUUAACCUUGACCUCAGGGUUUCGCCAUUAUAAGCUUACCAUAAGUUACUGUAAUAACGUUUGAGAGAUUUGUCAUCAGAAUUUUAUAUUAAAUUUUACAACAGAUUUUGCUGUAAAUAUUUCUGUAAGAAAAUAAAGUUAUCAUUAAGUUAUCUUACUCACUUUUCUUUAAAAGUUUAUAUUUAAAAUUUUAAAGUAAAGAUCAUUUGAAAAGGCAGCAGCUGAGUAUGUUAAUAUGUGUUUAGGUUUAACAUUGUUUGAAGUUCAACAUAAUUAUAUAAAGGUAAGAUAGAUUCUUUAAUGUGGCCCAGAAUUAAACAAAAACAAGAUGAUAGAGCUUUUCUUGAACAAAAAUUAUUAUUUAUUACAAUAUUUCAAUCAAAUAAAUAUUUUUUUUUCCCUAGAUGUGAAUUAUGUUACAACAAGAUUGACAAUAAAUGAUGUCAAUAUGACCUGUCCCGCAAUCGUUGCUCAUGGAUCAGUUAUUAAGUUCCAAUGUGAAAAUUCUCCCAGUCCUUGUGACAUUUUCAUUGCUGUAAACCACACAGAGGUAGCAAAUGGUGAACACAAUGCUACCUACACAGUUCCCACCGAUCUAAAGUUGUAUUCAGAACACAAUUUUACAUUUAGUUAUUCUGUUUGUGGAGGAGCUAUAACAUCUAAAACAUGUCCAGUGACUAUAGGUAAACAUAUUUUUAUGGUUUUAUAUAUUAUUUUCUUCUUGUCAGAAUUGAUAAGAGCUACACAAAGCUAAAGGAAACUGGUGCAUACUUUUUAAAAACUAUUUAUUUUCUAAAUUAGUCUAAAAUAUUGCAUAUUUAAAAAAAUCACCUCAUAUUGAAAGAAUUAUUAGAACAAGAGGUGUGCAAUUUUGGAAAUAUUUUUUUACAAUGUUGUUGAGAGCUUUUCUCCGUGAUCACAAGAAUACACAGGGAAAUAAAUUAGACACCAACGCAUGAGACAUAAAUCACUGUUAAAGACAAUUACACUUAUAAAAGCAAAACAAAAGUGUAACAGUAUUUCUUUAAAUACCAUUUAUCUUGACUUUACAUUGCACUUGAACCUUGUCCUUGUUGCAUACUGAAACACCAUCGCAAACAUACGCCCUAGAAAUUUUGCGACAAAUAGAAUCAACAGGAGAAGAGAGGCCAUCGUUUUACUUGUCUUGCACUAAAAAAAUCUGCUAACAUUCUGACAAGCCAUCAGCAGUGCACAGACAUACACACAUUUAAUAAAUCUUAAAUUGGCAAAAACCUUUAAAAAAUUAGACUACUUUUUAAAAAAAAUUACACCUUUUAAAUUUGAUAAAAUAAUGUAACAACCAGUCAAUUUUUAAAAGUAAAUUUUAAAUCAAGAAAACAGGAUUAAUGACUUCAAAUGUCUAGCCCGCUGCCUUUUGUUCACACUUUUCAAUCAUUCCCCCCACCCCCCAAUUUGUUGACGCAAUUAUUUGACUACCUGUAAGUGAAAAGGGAAUAAUCUUACACCAUUUAAGAAAAGAUUCAAACCAAACUUGUAAAGGUAACGUAGUGACCAAGAGUUGAUUUUUUUGGUUUUAAUUAUUAGGUUAAAAGAUCGUUUGUACCGGUACCGAGUUUCUUGGUUCUUCAUUAUUCAAUCAUAUAUAUCAUGAUAAUUGUUAUUCUCAAUCAAUUACUAUUCACUCGGGAGAAUAUUAAUAAAAUUAAGACUUCAUAUCAAAUUACAGUUAUAAUUGUAGGCAAGAGUUAUUAUAAUCCUAUAGUCGAUAUAGGCCUAAGCUUAAUAUUUUGUAAAAUUAUUCUACUAAUAUUAAUACUUGCAUGCCUAAUAAAAAUAAGUUUUAAACAAAAAAUUAUUUAUGUAUACAAAUAUUGAUUUUAAAUAAUUGUUAAGUGAAGUAACUUAACCUACUUACUGUGUGUCUUUUACUUUAAGUCUUAGACUUUGUCCAGUUUUCUUAUAUAGGCUAUAUUAUAUUAUUAGAAUCAGAUAAGUGUUUAAACUAUUAACAUAUCAGCCUUGUUUAGAUAAUAUAUUUAAAAUAUACAUGUUUAUAUAUUUAUAUAUUAGUUUACAUAUAACAAUUUUUUUUAACAAACAUCAAUUUAAUAAACACAACUCAAACAACAUCAUCGUAGUAAUUCUAUUUUUAUUAGGACAUAGAAAAACGGCCACAUAGGAAAUUAUUUAAAAUAUCAAAUAACUUGUUUUAAAUUGAUUUUAUUCUACAUUAAAAUGAAAAAGCUUGCAAUACAAAGUGUAUAUUUGAUAUUAUGAUUCGAUGUUAAUUCUCAGGUACAAAAGAAUUUUAAAAAAAUUCUAUGAAGAUAUUUGCUGAUAUUAGUUAUCAAUUGACUGGGUAUUUUAUUACACUUAUGAUAACUUGAUGUGCCAGUUAUGACUGUAACGUUUUUGAUUCAGCCAAAUAUCAACGCUGCAAUUGGUAAACAACAACAGGGUGAACAGUUCUAAGAGCAUUACAUUUCCAUUAAAAAUGCGUAUUUAAAUAACCAUGCACUAUUGCUUGCCUACAUUACAUAUUAGUAUGGUGUUUAUUUCAAAUGUUAUCUUUUAAACAUGUUCUUGAUUUACAAAGAAUAAAUCGUUUGCCUUUAUUUGAUGGUAAAUAUACUAAAGGUAACAGAAAAUAUUCAUUGCUCGUGUUAUGUGAUGACCAUUUGUAAUCACGAGAAGAACACUCUAUCUGUAACGAAAAGUCUAAUUUAUAGCCACAAUUCAAUGUUCUUUUUCAUUAUCAUCAUUUUAAUCAUCAUGUUUCUUAGUCAUUGGAUCGUUGGGUCACCACAGAUAACAUGAAAACUAUCAUCCUCCAUUCAUCACUGUUUUUUGCACUUCACACAGCGUCGCCUACUUUUAUUUCCGUCCACUCUUUGAUGUUAUCUUCUAAUCUUUUUCUCUAACUUCUUAUCCCUCCUCUUGUUGUACCCUGCCUUAUAUUCAUUAUAUAAUUAAUUUAGUUUCCAGAUAAUUUUAAUGGUUAUAACUUACAUACAUUUUUUUAUAUCUGUAUUAAUUACUUCAUACAAUACAAGUCACAUAAUUGUAUCAAAAUAUAACAAUGAUAAAAAUGUUGUUGAUGUUUAAAUUAUUUUAAACAAAUAUAUUAAAUGUUAUUUAUAUUUUUUUUAACAUGAAGCAUUAUGUAACUUUUACAUUUAAAAUUCACAGAUAAAAAUGUACUGAGCAGAGUGUGACAGUAAAAGAAACCAAUUAUACUGUUAACGGAUUUGGUGUUACUGCUGGCCUAGCUGUAUUUAUCUUACUGGUCUCUAACAUGCUCUUUAUGUUUUGGAGGAGACAACAUUAAUAUACAUGGGGGCAUUUUAGUAUCAUACAAAACAUAACUUCAAUAAUAUCAAAAUACAAGAUUACUAGAUUUUUUGGUUUUGUUUUUCCUUUGUUAGUUUUAAAUUUUCUAUAUUUAAUUUACCUUUCCAUUUUUAGAAAAAAAAACGCAAUAAUCAAGAGCAGUAAAAUCAAGGUUCUGGUUCUCGCAGUGUUCGUUGCUGCAUCCAUGUACUGGCAUCUGCGGAACCGUUGAGUGUAUGAUGUGGCUAUUCUAACAGCUCCAAGCUGAUGCCUGGGAAGCCUUAAAGCUUUUAACCGAUGUUGAGUUCACAGUGGCAUUGUCCAGUCGGCCCCAUGCUAUUAUUGUGGGUAGGAAAAGAUAUUGUUCAUACUGCACUGUGUUGCACUAAGGCACUUUAUAGCAUUUUCUAUUGUUACUGGUGUAAUUGUUUAUGGCAUUGUCAGUGGUGAAGUCAGUGUUCAGUGAGCGUUUUGCUCUAAUCAGUACACCAAUAUUCUGUGGAUUGAAGUACGGAAGGUAGAUAACAAGAUUAUUUAUACACCUAUUAAAGCAAUUAUUUUAAAAUGGUUGAUAGAUACAGUAAAACAAUGUUCCCAAGUAUUUAGAUAAUUUUUUUUUUAAAGUAUAGAUUUAUUUAUAAGAAUUGGACAAUUGUUGCCUCCUUUGUGUUCUAUAUUAUUGUAAAUAUCUAAAAAAAAUACAUGGUAAAUUCAACUUAAUCCAAAAGGUAUAAUUCUAAAGUUUUGUUAACGUAAUGCAAAACAAUUACAUCAUGAGAAAUAUUAAAAAACAGUCUUACAGUAACGAAAAAAAUAAAUUAAAAUAUAAUUUUGGGGUCCCAGACAAAAACCAAAUGUGCAAAAA